AUGCACAGAACCACCCGGAUAAAGAUCACGGAGCUCAACCCGCACCUGAUGUGCGCCCUGUGCGGCGGCUACUUCAUUGACGCCACCACCAUCGUGGAGUGUCUGCACUCCUUCUGCAAAACCUGCAUCGUUCGCUACCUGGAGACCAACAAGUACUGCCCCAUGUGUGACGUCCAAGUGCACAAAACCCGGCCCCUGCUCAGCAUCAGGUCAGACAAGACCCUGCAGGACAUCGUGUACAAACUGGUGCCAGGGCUUUUCAAAGAUGAGAUGAAGCGGCGCCGCAACUUCUACAGCGCCUACCCCGCGGCGGAGGGUCCCAAGGGCUCCGGCGAGGAGCGCGGCGCGGCGGCCGAGCCGCAGCAGCCGCAGCCGCGCAGCGCGCUCGCCGACGACGACAUCGUCAGCCUGUCCAUCGAGUUCUACGAGGCCACCAGGGAGGACGGGAAAGGCCCCGUGGAGAACGGGGAGCUGGAGAAGGGGAGCGGGGGCGCCGGGGGCGGCGUGCGCUUCCUGCGCUGCCCCGCUGCCAUGACCGUCCUGCACCUCGCCAAGUUCCUGCGCAACAAGAUGGAUGUGCCCAGCAAGUACAAGGUCGAGGUGCUCUACGAGGACGAGCCGCUCAAGGACUACUACACCCUGAUGGACAUCGCCUACAUCUACCCCUGGAGGCGGACGGGGCCGCUGCCGCUGAGGUACCGCGUGGAGCCGACGUGCAAGCGCCUGCGCCCGCCGCCGCCGCCCGCCUCCGAGGGCACCGGCACCAGCGGCGCCUCCGAGGGCGACUCCGGCAGCGAGAAGGCGCCGAGCCCCGGGGCGCUGCCCCCCCCCGCCGCCGCCACGCCGCCCCCCGGCACCGGGGGGCUCCUCAACGGCACCUCGAACUGCCACCCGCCGCCCCCCGCCGCCCCCCGCGGCCGCAAAACGACUCUCAGCGGCGCCACCGCCUUGACCUAA